AUGCAAGUUCGAAUAGAAUCUAUCUAUCUAUCCAUUCAUUCCAUCAUCAUAUAUCAUCUAUCUAUAUUUCCCAUCUAUAUUUCCCAUCCAUCAUCUAUCUAUCUAUAUUUCCUAUCCCAUCCAUCUAUCCAUCCAUCUAUCUAUCCAUCCAUCCAUCCAUCCAUCAAAUCUAAUCCAUCAUAUCCCAUCCAUAUCAUCCAUCCAUCCAUCUAUCUAUCUAUAUUUCCCAUCCAUCUAUUCAUCAUCCAUCUAUCUAUUCAUCCAUCUAUCUAUAUUUCCCCAUCAUCAUCCAUCAUCUAUCUAUCUAUAUUUCCCAUCAUCAUUCAUCUAUCUAUCUAUCUAUCAUCUAUUCCAUAUCUAUCUAUCUAUCAUAUAUUUCCUAUCUAUCUAUCUAUCUAUCUAUCUAUCUAUAUCUAUCUAUCUAUCUAUCUAUCUAUCUAUUUAAAUGAUUUUAUGAAUCAUUGA